AUGAGCGUCGCUGGAGCCACCGAUGGGCUGAAUGACGUAUACGAGGCCCUUGAGCGAUACAACUGGGACGACGAUGUCGAGUUCCAGUCGGGCCUGAGUGCCAUCUUGGGGAGCAACAGCACGCCCGAGCAAGCUGCCGAGCUGGCGUUGCGCGCACGAUGCUUCUACUAUGCUCGAAAGUAUACCACCAACAUCGACUUCGACGCUUACAAGGCAUACCGUAACGCGCGCGGUCGACCACCCCCUGCAUCGGCCAGCGUGUUGACUCUUGUACCUUCGACGGAAGCUAUACCACCAGCUCCAAUUGAAUCUGCCGGUGGUGUCUUACCCGCGCCUGCGAGCGCAAGUGAGCCGCCAGCACCAUAUCCAACCACGUUUGCACAUAUCGUGGACCUCAUCACCACCGGACAACCCAUACCCGGCAUCAAGGACAUUCCGAAUACCGUACUUGAGGGGCAGGGCACCCAGCCUGAAAAGACCAGGAGAAAGAAACCGUGGGAAAAGGACGAGAAGUCUCCAGCCACCGAGGAAUCAGUCCCAGCUGCCGUAUCCUAG